ACGUAAAGGGCAAAAUCGUAAAUAAGUCCUAAUAUACAAUCCAAGUUCAACAAACCCCUCCUACAUAAAGGUAACCGCACGAUGCUGCCACGUGUCCAUACGAACAAUUGAGAUUCACUUGCUGAGUUGAUCUACCGUGACAGUCGACUAUAUAAUUACACCUUGUGUUUUUUACUGUGUGUAAAAGUGUAGAAACGCGGUGAAAGUAAUUAAGGGCAAAAUCAACAAUGGCAAAUCCUAGGGUUUUCUUCGAUAUGACCGUCGGCGGUUCACCGGCCGGCAGGAUUGUGAUGGAGCUGUUCGCUGACACAACUCCAAAAACAGCAGAGAACUUCCGUGCACUCUGCACCGGUGAGAAAGGAACCGGUACUUCCGGCAAAAAUCUGCAUUACAAAGGAUCGUCAUUCCACCGUGUGAUCCCCAAUUUCAUGUGCCAGGGCGGUGAUUUCACCAGAGGUAACGGCACCGGCGGUGAGUCCAUCUAUGGUAACAAAUUCGCCGACGAGAAUUUCAAAAAGAAGCACACCGGUCCGGGAAUCCUCUCCAUGGCCAAUGCCGGUCCGAAUACCAACGGAUCUCAGUUCUUCAUCUGUACGGAGAAAACCGAGUGGCUCGAUGGAAAACACGUCGUGUUCGGAGAGGUUGUUGAAGGAAUGGACGUCGUAAGGGCGAUCGAGAAGGUUGGAUCCGGAAGCGGAACCACCUCUAAGCCCGUCGUUAUUGCCGAUUGUGGUCAACUUUCUUAGAUUCAUAUCUAUUUCCUGUUUUUAAUUUCUCAAUUUUGAUUUAAUUGUGUCCAUCGUAUCGACUAUCAUGGUGGUGUUAUCUAGGGUUUUGUACUGGUUGUGUUAAGGGUUUAUAUCUAAGUUGAUGGUUAAUGAUAUGAACUACUUGGUACUAAAUAAAAUUAAGUUUUCCAA